CUGAGGAGGGCGCCGCGGGAGGCAGAUGCGUUGCUGUUCCUGUAGAGAUUUUGUUGCUUCACCUCAGACCUAUGUGACUCUGGUGGAAGGAUCAUGACCGAAGUCCUCUUCUCUGCUGCUUUGAAUGGAACUGAACCCAACCUGUUAUCCAGCAGCGGCUGGUCUGCGGGAAACGCCACCACCAAGUGUUCCCUGACCAAAACUGGCUUCCAGUUCUAUUACCUGCCCACCGUCUACAUUCUGGUCUUCAUCACUGGGUUUUUGGGAAACAGCGUGGCCAUCUGGAUGUUCGUCUUCCACAUGAGGCCUUGGAGCGGCAUCUCGGUUUACAUGUUCAACUUGGCGCUAGCCGAUUUCCUGUACGUCUUGACUCUGCCUGCCCUCAUCUUUUACUACUUCAAUAAAACAGACUGGAUCUUCGGAGAUAUCAUGUGCAAGCUGCAGAGGUUCAUCUUCCAUGUGAACCUGUACGGCAGUAUUUUGUUUCUAACUUGCAUAAGUGUGCACAGGUACACGGGAGUGGUGCACCCCUUGAAGUCGCUGGGGAGGCUGAAGAAGAAGAACGCGGUGUACAUCAGCACCCUGGUCUGGGUCAUUGUGGUGGCCGUGAUUUCUCCAAUACUCUUCUACUCCGGAACGGGGAUAAGGAGAAAUAAAACCACGACGUGCUAUGACACCACAGCCGAUGAUUACCUGAGAAGUUACUUCAUUUACAGCAUGUGCACCACCGUGUUUAUGUUCUGCAUCCCAUUCAUACUGAUUCUUGGUUGCUAUGGGCUAAUUGUGAAAGCUUUGAUUUACAAAGAUUUGGACAAUUCUCCCCUCCGGAGAAAGUCGAUUUACCUGGUUAUUAUUGUGUUGACGGUCUUUGCUGUGUCUUACCUUCCCUUCCAUGUGAUGAAGACCUUAAAUCUAAGAGCCAGGGUGGAUUUUCAGACUCCGCAAAUGUGUGCCUUCAACGAUAAGGUUUAUGCCACUUACCAAGUGACGAGGGGUCUGGCCAGCCUCAACAGCUGCGUUGACCCAAUCCUUUACUUUCUGGCAGGUGAUACCUUUCGAAGGCGGCUUUCCAGGGCGACCAGGAAAUCGUCCAGAAGAAGUGAACACAACGUGCAGUCCAAAAGCGAGGAGAUGACUCUCAAUAUUUUAUCUGAGUAUAAGCAGAACGGCGAUACGAGUUUGUGAACGAAUGCGAAAGGUUUGGGAACAGUUUGAAAAAAAUUCUCUGCUUCGAGACAGUAGGACACUGUAGUGCUACAAGUGUGUGAGGAAAAUCUGCCAGUCUCUCAAAUUCGGUUUAGGUAAAGCCUCAUUUUCUGAUCUUAGAAAAAACUUAACAAAGUCAGCGGAAGAAUUUUAAUGGAAAAUAACAUGUCAAAAUUCAGCUUUCCUUCUCCUUACAGUAUUCUCAUUUCUUUCUGACUUGUGUCAGAGAAAGUCAAAUGAAGUAAAUCCCCUAAAGGAAGAAAGCAAUCCAAGUGCUUCUGUUUUAAUGACUUAGUCUCCCACAUUCAAAAAUGUUCUCAAUCAGCCUCUCUUUAAAAAUAAGAAAUAAAAAUCAGAAAGAGCAGUAUCUUCUCUUCUGAGGCUCAGUCCACAUACCUAGCCUUUUGCUCACUUGCCGUUGUAAACGAGUAUUUAAAUCAAAGUCAUGAUGCAGUUAUCUCACCUUUACAGUUUUAUUAUUUCUUCAUUUACUUCUAGUGUUGAUAAUUAUUUGAUAGUUCGGUAGCAUUUAUGAUUCAGUCUUCUUUGAGUGCCGGUGUUUUACAAGAGGUGUGCGUGAUUAUGCUUUCAGAUUACGAUGGUUGUUCAUGAAAAAUCUGGACACCCCCCCCCCUUAAAGGCAAAUUAGCUUCCAGGUGAACUGACACCUCAGCCGCUGGCAGACAGAUAAGCAGGUCUCUAGGAGCCGCUGCAGGCAGGCACCUGCUUUGCACGUGCAUGUAGUGGUGCCUUUCGUGAACAGAUGUCGGCGUGCAAAUGCGUGAGGAGGUGAUUUGGUUCUGAGCAGCCGAUGGUCCGAUCCUGCCUUCUGUGCUGAGGAAAACCAGUGCGUUCUCAGCCGGAGGAACGGUGGGACGGGGCCGAGCACGGACUGGGCUCACCUGGGGAGC